GUCUCCUCCGUCCCGCGCCGCCCGUCUCCCCCCACCCCCCACCUGCCACCACUCCGGCAUGGAGCUCCGCCUCUCCCUCCGCCUCCACGCGCGGCCCGCUCCCUCCCCGCCGCCGCCGCCACCGCCGUCUCUCUCAUCUGAGCUCGCGCUCCGCCGCCUCCGGACUGGUCGGGGCUGCGCGGUUGCGCCGCGGCGGCACGGGAGGCGCUGGGGUUCGGUUGCCUGCGCCGCCGGAGCCGCGCAGGGCGAGGCCGUGAAGGAGAGGAGCGUCUCGGUGGUGCUCUUGUCCGGCGGGCAGGGAAAGAGAAUGGGGGCAAGUAUGCCAAAACAGUAUCUACCACUAUUGGGGCUGCCGAUUGCACUGCACAGUUUAAAGACAUUCUGUCAGAUGAAGGAAGUCAAAGAAGUUGUGGUGGUGUGUGAUCCAGGCUACAAAGAUGUAUUUGAAGAUUCUAUUGAAAAUGUGCAAAUACCGAUUAAAUUUGCCCUCCCAGGAAAAGAGAGGCAAGACUCUGUUUUUAAUGGAUUACAGGAGAUUGAUGGAGGCUCUGAACUUGUUUGUGUACAUGAUUCUGCAAGGCCCUUAGUGUCCUCUGAAGAUGUCAAAAAGGUCUUAGAAGAUGCUGCGGUGCAUGGAGCUGCUGUUCUUGGCGUUCCUGUGAAAGCUACUAUCAAGGAGGCUGACAACGAUUCGUUUGUCGUAAAAACACUUGAUAGGAAAACUCUUUGGGAAAUGCAAACUCCUCAGGUCAUGAAGCCCAAUUUACUCAAAGAUGGUUUUGAGCUCGUUAAAAGGGAUGGACUUGAGGUCACAGAUGAUGUAUCCAUUGUAGAAUACUUGAAGCAUCCUGUUUAUAUCACGGAGGGCUCUUACACGAACAUAAAGGUGACGACUCCUGAUGACCUACUCCUGGCUGAGCGCCUGAUGAAUGAGAAAUAGAGCUGAUGGCAGAAAAGGUUAACUUUCACUUGAUUCUAGACAAACCUGUACGACAGGCAACAUUCCUUCGCAUUUGCACAGUUUUGAAACCCAGAAUAUUACUAUGGUGCUCAAAGUCUCAGAGCCCUCAGACACAAGAUAGCUGACAUGUAUGUAACAUUCUUUCGAAAUUGAAGAGUUUCUGUCAAGUUCAUACUAUACAAUGGCUCAUUUGUUCAAGACAGCAUCAAGCAAUGGCAAUACAUAGAAAUUAUAACGUAUGUUCAUGUACAACAGAAUUCACUAUCAGGGUUACAUGUUAGAUAGAUCCAUCUGAAAAACGAUGGUUCCUGGCUUUUGAAUGAUAUUGAUGCCUAUGUAUGGCCAGAGUGAGGCCACAAAUAGAAUGGUGUAACAUCCACAGCUGGUACCAGUCCCAUCUAUAAGACAUCCUGAGUAUCACUCCUUGCAGAAAAGGAAAAUUGGGCCAAGUACCCCGGUGUGCCUUCAAGUCAUGAGUUUUAUGCCAUUCACGAACC